GGCUGCUCUAGUUGUUGCCCAUUUAUCUUUGUUUCUCUCCGUUGUUUCUGCUCUGUCGGUUUUUGGCUAUCCUCUCUUGACAACAAUUUUACUCCAGGCUACUCAUCUACAAUAUGAACAAUCUCAAUCUCAACAAUUUUAAUAUCAAUAACAUGAGUAACUCGAACAAGAUGAACAAUAUGAACAUGAGUAACAUGGGAAAUGUGGACAAUAUGGGAAACAUGAACAACAUGGGAAAUAUGGGAAAUAUCAACAACAUGAACAUGAAUAACGUCAAUAGCAUGGCUAACAUGGGGAACAUGAGCAUGAAUAUGAAUAUGAAUAUGAAUAAUUUAACUCUUGCCAAUAUCAACAACAUGGGAAACGUCAAUAACGUAAACAACAUUAACAUGAAUAACAUGAAUCCAAAUUUCAACAAUUUCAAUAAUAUGGGUAAUGGCAAUGGUCUAUCUCAACUCAGUGGAAUCAAUUUAAACACAUUGAGUAUUAAUGGUGCUCCAUUGUCAGCUAACCCGGAAUUGUAUAAAAAGUUUUUGCUUUUACAAAGAAGUCAACAAAAUAAUCAAAAUAACAAAACAAACCAAAAUAAUCAGAAUAAUCAAAACAGUCCAAGCAAUAUCCCUGCAAAUAUAAAUGAUCUUAACAAUUUGAACAUAAAUAAUAGAAAUAAUAUUAACAAUAACAAUACCAAUAACAACAACAACAACAACAACAACAACAACAACAACAACAACAACAAUAUCAAUAAUAACAAUAGUAAUAACAACACCAAUAACAUUAAUAACAAUAACAAUAGAAAUAGCAAUAAUAAUAAUAUUAAUAACAAUAAUAUGAUCAAAAAUUUAAAUAACGUCAACUUAAAAAAUAUUAAUUGGAGAAAUAUAAAUCCAAGCAACUUAUCUCCCUUGCAAAUUCAACAAAUUAAAAUUCAAUUAGCUAAAAGACAAAGUCUAUUACAUAACCAAAACAACAGAAAUAAUUUAAAUAAUAUGAAUAUGAAUAAUAUCAACUAUAUGAAUAAUAUGAGCAAUAUGAACAUAAACAAUAUGAACAAUAUGAAUCUUGGUAAUAUUAAUGGCAUUAAUGGUAUUAAUCAAAAUGCAUUGAACUCAAUUUUCUUUAAACGAGCAAAUCAAAUAAAUAACCAAAACACAAAUAAUAAUAUAAUAAAAAGUCCAAUAAAUCAAGUAGUUCCGAACAAUAAUAAUAAUUCUAAUAAUACUAAUGAUAAUAACAAUGACAAUAGCAAUAACAAUAACAAUAGCAAUAACAAUAACAAUAACAAUAACAAUAAUAAUAUAAAUUUAAAUAGCCCUAUAGUGAAUAACAUGGUUAAUGUGCCUAUAGUUAAUCAAAUGAGUCCUAAUAUGCCACUUAAUACCCUUGUAUCGAAUAGCAACGUUACAAGCCGUAUCAACUCGCCCAAUUUAAAUGUGGAAAAUCUUCCAAAUCUUCCAAAUCAACCAAAUAAACAAAUUCAAGUUAAUAGAAAAAACUCAAUGACCCAAAAUAACCAAGCUAGUAAAAUCACAAAGGUCGCAAAAGGUAAUCGCGUUAAUCAAAAUAAUCAAUCGACUAAAAUUAAUGAAGGAAACAAAGUCAAUCAAAUCAAUAAGAUCAGCCCAAUCAACCAACCAACCCAAGUUAAUGAGGUCAAUCAAGUUAAUCAAGUAAACAGAGUAAAUCAAGCUCUCCAAGGCACUCAAAUUAAUCUGAUUAGCCCAGUCAAUCAAGUCAACCACAUUAAUGAGAUUAGCCCAAUAAAUCAAGUCAACCAGGUUAACCAGGCUAACCAAGUCAAUCAGACCAAUCAAGUAAACCAAAUCAAUCAAGUCAAUCAGACCAAUCAAGUAAACCAAAUCAAUCAAGUCAAUCAAGUUAAUCAAGUUAAUCAAGUUAAUCAAGUCAAUCAAGUCAAUCAAGUUAACCAAGUCAACCAAGUGAAUCAGGUCAACCAAGUUAAUCAAGUUAAUCAAGUCAACCAGGUUAAUCAAACUAACCAAAUUAAUCAAGUAAAUAAAUCCAACAAAGUCAACUUGAAUAAUUCAAAUAAAACAAGUAUAAGAAUUCCAAAUAAUCAGAUGAUAGGCAGCAAUACCAAUAGUCCAGCCAGCUCUUUUAUAAAAAUCAAUAAUAAAUUAAUUCCCAUCAGUCAACUCACACCCGAAAAAAUCGAAAUGCUCAGAAAAAAACAACAGGAACAGCAGCAUCAGCAACAAUUAUCAAAUCAAAUGUUAAAACCAAAAAAUUUCCUAAGCAACUUUAGUAGUUUGUCACAAAAAAUGGAGUUUUUGAAAAAUUUUAAAUUUCUUGAAAGCUCAGAAGAUAUUUUAGAAAAAUGCAAUAAAAAUUUUUGUUCAAUUGAAUUAAAUAUUCAUGAUAAUUAUUACAAAUUUGGUCAUCAAGAUAAUAUUAUAUCAUUUUCCAGUCCUUUAAUCAAAGAAUUUCUAAAAUUUGUUGCAAUCGAAAAAAUCCAUCCAUCUUUGGUUAAACUUAUUAGUAAUGGUUCAAUUAGAACAUUCAAUGGAUGUCUUAUUUUAAAAGUUAUUGAUCAUAGACAUGAUAAUAAAAAAAAGGUAUCUCUGAAGCGGAAAAUUUCAAAAAAUGAGAAAAACAACAAUUUGAAUAGAAAUAAAAAUGAUACCAAUAGUAACAGUAAUAACAACAGCAACAGUAGCAAUAAUAAUAAUGAUAAUAACAAUAACAAUAACAAUAACAAUAAAAAGAAAAAAAAAAAAAAGCAAGGAAAAUCAUAUCGAGUUGUAUUGAAACCAAGUGAUUUGACAUCCUUUCAUGAAAUGUUAUAUAAAGUGGAAAAAAAUCCUAAAAUACCAGAUCAUUAUACAUUGCAAUUUGAAAGCAAAAUUUUGUCAGCUACUAAAAGAAAUUUGGAUUUAUCUGUUCCUUUGAAUCCAUUUCAAAAUUGUUCAGAUAUGUUGAUUCCUCCGAUUGAAUAUCCAAAGAUUGAAACUUGUGAUGAGGGGAAAAAUGAAAAUAAAAUUAAUAUUCAACAUUUGCAUCGCAAAGAGUUUAAAAACGAACUAAGAGAAUUACAUGAAGAUAUAUCAAGAUUUGAUUCUGAGUAUGAAAAAAUGAUGUCGUUUGCCACCAGAAAUAGUUCUUCUAAUGGUAGUUAUGAUUCAUUAAAUUCUGGGUAUGAGACUUCGAAAUUUAUGAGGUUGAGAACACUUCAAAACUAUAAUGCCAAAAAACAAGAAAAAAAACGAAUGAGUGUUCAGAGUCUUAUGCAACAAAACUCAGCAGUUCAUAUGCAAGGUCGACCAUUAGGGCCACAUCAAAACCAAAAAACGGAAAAUUCAUCCAGUUUAACCUCAAAUUCAAAUGCUAUGCAAGUAGGUAUGAAUGGUGAUAAUAGUAACAAUAACAAUAGUAAUGGUAAUAAUAAUGAAAAUAAUAAUAAUACCGAUGGUGAUAAUAAUAACAAUCUGAAAAAUGAAUUUAAUCGUGAGGCAAAUGUUAAACCGAUGACAGCACUGAGAAAUACAUCUAAAAUGAGCACACCAAUUGUCAAUUCAUUGAACUUGCCUGGCAGUUCGGGAUCUUCAAGUAUCAAUUUGAAGUCAAGUGGUUCUGGUGGUAAAAGUCAAUCAGCUGCUACUUCGCCUUUGAUUAAUGGCAAGAAAGUAACAAAACCUAAACAAAAGAGAAGUAAAAAAACGUCUAAUAAUAGCAGUCCUUCUAUAGCGGGUAAAACACUUCCGGGGAAGGGGUCUAAAUCAGCUCAAGGUACUGGAAGUAAACCAAAAAGAACAUAUCUGACAAAAAAGAAGAAAACAAAAGUUACAAAAGCUGAAAAGGAUAAGGAGGACGUUUCGACUAAAGUUCAACAAAAUCCAGGCAAUAAUGAAACCUUCAAUGUUCUGAUGCAUAAUUUAAAUAUUGUGGGGAAUAACAUGAGUGAUAACCCAGGAAAUAAUGCAAAUUUAGGUAAUAAUAGCAAUAAUAAUAACAGCAAUAAUAAUAAUAAUAAUAAUAAUAAUAAUAAUAAUAAUAAUAAUAAUAAUAAUAAUAUAGUGCCUAACAGUAAUGUUAAUAUGGCAAGUAAUAAUGCAGAUAAUAAUAAUGGAAGAAACAAUAAUAGUAGCAGCCUGAACAAUGGAGCAAACAAUUUUAAUUUUAGUAACUUUAAUCUUAAUAAUAAUGGUGUGAACAUCAAUAGACUAACUAUGGAAAAUAAUCUCAGAAGCCGGCCUGCAGUUGCAGCAAUAUUGAACAAUACACAGUUAUUAAAUGGUUUAAGUAGGAAUAGAAAGCCAGAUAAUGCAAACAAUGCAAACAACGCAGAAAAUAAUAAUAACAAUAAGCCAAAUUAAUUUUUUUUUAAUUUUUUUUAUAUCUUCUGUAUUUUGGUAAAAUUUGAAGUAUUUUUUUUAUAUUUUGAUUGCUUUAUGUUUAUGAUUAUGAUUUUAGUUGUUCUACUGUUAAAUUUAAAUUUAUGUGGAUUUCAUUUUUUUGUUUUAUAGUUUUUGGGAAAUGUGAGAGAUUUUGAAUUAAAUAACCAGAUAGUUCAAAAUCAGAUAAUUUAGAAUCGGAUUAUUCGAUCAUCGGCAAGUCUUAUCGACAAAUAGCCCUAAAAAAGUAAAAAUACGCGCAUUUAUUUCUUACCGCGGUUCAAGUGUUGCACGAGGUGUGGCCGGAAAACACAAUCCGAACUCG